AUAGAAAAGGAUUCUACACAUGCUGAGAGAAGUGUGGCACAUAGAAGCACCCAGGAGCUGAUAAUGUGAUGUCAUGGCCUUGAAUCCUCAGGAGCCGGUCAUUUCAGACUUGAGGCGAAUUUCGUCUUGAUCUUACUUUCUGAUAUCCUCAUUCAUUCAGACGUCACAAAGGCCGGCCUCCAUUUUGUCUGUACAGUGAAAGAGUUUUUCUGUUUCCUGUGGCUUUAACCGUGCAGAUAGAUUCCUCAGUCUAUUCAGAGAGAUCAUGGAAGCCAACUGAAGCAAGAGAUGAUGCUGAACUUAAUUCUGAGAGAACAGACAUCAUAUCUUGAAGAAUGGGCUGUAUUGGAUAUGGAUUACAAUAAUUCAUUAUCGGGGGCAAUUGGAGCUUUGAAGGCAAGCACACUCCGACUUCCAGUUUCAGGGGGUGCAAGGGGUGAUGCACAUGCUGUGAAGCAUGCUAUUAGUUCGGCAGUUGAUGUAAUGCAAGUAAUGGGAUCUUCCAUCUGCAACUUGCUAUCAAAGGUAGAAAGUACGGGAGUGCUUGUGUCUGAACUUGCGGCUGUUGCAGCAAAAGAGAGAGCCAUGCUUGACGAAUGCAGAGAACUACUAGCUUCAACAACGGGAAUGCAGGUUCAAGAAUACAGCCUCAGAACACAACUCAUACAACUGAAACAGAGAGAUCGUAAGGUUCUAUAGCGACCGUGGACUCAUACAGUUGAAGCCAAGAGGUUUACAAGGGGGCCGUGACAUUUUCUCGACCCGUGCCCUCUCUCAUUGCUAACAACUUACAUCCAUGUAAAGUAAAUACAUGUUUGUGCAGUGAGUGUAAAUUCGUUUUACCAUGGUGGGAGAUUACUCUUCCAGAUCCUAAUGUAAUUUUUGUAAAACUCACCAACAAAAAGAAGAGAAAAGAAAUUAGGAAGGAAGUAAAGGGGAUAGAAGCAUUGUGCACUUGGUGUUACUACCUACUCAUCAUCAGUAACAGCUUCAGUUUGGCAGGAAAGCCAUGAUCACUGAGUAUAAGUAAAAUUGAAGCUUUAAGGGAUAUACCUUCAUGACCACAAUGUUCUCGUUUUGCUUUGUAAUUUGCUAUGAUAUUUUGCUUCUGACUGUGAAGAAUUUGGCUGGGCAUGAUGAUGUCCUCCCCAAAUACCUUUGAUUCAAUUACCUGUACAAAUGAACUUUUCCCCCCCUUUUUUUGGUGA